CCGAGCUGCGCGGUCGGCGCGCCGCUGCGCCCUCAGGCCCUUUCCCCAGGAGCGGGGGCGACCUUGGCUUCGAGGGCGAGGAGGAGGAGGUCGCGCCGACAUGGGGCGCUUCCCAGCUGCUCUGAUGGGCGCGGCCAGGGUCUCCAGCCAGCGUGGCGACGAGGGCGGCGGAGGCGGCGGCGACGACCUCAUGGGCCCCGGCGGGGGCAACAUCGGCGCUGGCGCGCGAGGCGCGGCCCACCGUGAGGCGCCGAUCGCCGCAAGGAGGUCCUCCAGGUCCGUGAUGGAGCCCAUGGCCGCCCAGGGCCGCACCUCCUGAGUGCCGCGCGGAGCGACGCUCGAGCCGCCCGACCCACGGCUCUGGCUCGAGCGGACGGGGGGCUGGUCCGAGCUCAUCCCUUGGAGCCCCAGCACGGUGCGGGACCUUGCCCUGGUCGCCUGGCAGGUCGCGGACAUCGGCGACCGCCCGUGGAUGAACCAGAUCGCCGAGGCCGCCAACUCCGCCGCGCUCCUGAUGGUAGGACUCGACCAGGCCAGGAUCGACGGCGGCCGACUCGACAUGAUGUGGCUGUACCAGUUCGAGCGCGACCCCCCCGCCUCGCUCUUCGCCAGGGGCGGGCAGUCCGCAGCGGGCGGGCUGGCCAAACCGCGCUGGAUCACGGUGAACCUCGCAUCCUUGCGGGAGCUGGACCUGCUGGAGACGCGGCGGAGCGGGCUCCAGAGGCCGCAGGGGCGCGCGCCUGUUCCCGGGGCCCGCGGGGCUCUCGAGGGGCAGCAGCCCGCAGGCGCAGGCGUGAUCGGCCCCGGCGGCGGGGCCGCGGAGGCCGCCCCCAAGCCGCGGCUGCGCCGGAGGCCGAAGGCGCUGCCGCCAGCGGCCGGCGCCCCCCAGAGCUAAGGAAGUACCCCAUCGGGGCCGCCGUCUGUGCUGUAGCGCAGCUCCAGGGGCGGCAGCCUGCUGGGGCACCGCGCACCGCCCCAGUCUUUCCACCCCCGCUUCCUCCUGUUGAUGGGCUGCAAGGGGCGGCUCGCAGGGAGGGCGGCAGCGUCGACCUCGACGCGAAGGUUGAACAGCUGCUCCUUGUCCCCGCGCGUGCGUUGAACUACGUGUAUGAGGGGCGGCCAUCUCGACCCCUUGAUCUAUUCUUUCUUGUAUUGCCAGCGUCCCAGGCGCAGAAAAAUUGCCGGGAUCGGUUACGCUCGAUAUGUUGGAGCCGGUGUCGUGACGGAGUUUGCCCUUUACCCACUCUUCUUUGGUCGC